GUCUCUCGCUCUCGCUCUUUAUCUCGCUUUUCAUUAUAUUUAUAAUGGCGAGGACCAAACAUCUAGCUAGUAAGAAAGUACGGCGGUCGCCACGGCAAUCCCGGCCAUCUUCUGCUGCAGCAGUUAGCCCGGUAUCGCCGGCAAGUUCGGCACCCGCGGAAGAUGCCCGAAAGCAAGGAGCUGAUACAUCACCGGAAAGCUCGACAAGGCAGCAGCAGCAGCGCAAGCCCCAUCGAUAUAGGCCAGGGACUGUGGCACUCCGGGAGAUUCGACAUUAUCAGAAGACUUGGACGCUUCUGAUACCGGCUGCUCCUUUCAUUAGAGCUGUGAAGGAGAUUAGUAACUUCUAUUCCCCCCAAGUAACUCGUUGGACGGCUGAAGCAUUGGUAGCUCUUCAAGAGGCAGCUGAAGAUUACUUGGUUCAUUUGUUUGAAGAUGCAAUGCUUUGUGCAAUUCAUGCAAAGCGUGUUACACUGAGUCAUUUGAUGGACCAUCUUUGCACCCCUGGAAGCCUUCAGUCUACAUUCCUUGUCCUUUCACACUGACUUGGUGCUUCUAAAAUGAUGAAUAAAAGUAGGGAAAGGGGAUUCUCCAGCCUCAUCCUCUCUCCAGCAAAGAAUGCUUCAGGAGCUCAAUUUAUCAUAAUUGAAAACUUCAAAGAUGAUUCACAUAUCUCAAUCCACUCCUUCUGAUUCCAAAACCCAUCUUAUGGAGCGGAUGGUUGACAACAUUCCAUUGCACAUGAUCAUAGGCCUUUUCCAAGUUGUGAGAACAAACAGUUGUUGUAACUUGUUUCUUACUAUUUAAUUUUUAUGCAUGUAUACAAAUCAGCUGAGCCCACAAUUUAAAGAUGUAUAUGGAACUGAACAGAGCAGAAUUGCAGAAAGGAUUUAUGUAUAGUUAGGGCAAGGCUUAGUUAAGUUGAAUGUAUAGCAUCAACUAGCUAUUGGUUACCUUGGAAGGAAAUGAUCGGAUUCUUUGAAAUAAAUAGCACAAAUUUUGUUAAGGGGUCUUCCUUUUUGUUGGAAUUGCCAGGGGGGGGAGUAGGAGAGCAGAUCAGACAACAAAUAGGGUAGAAACCAAGAGAGGCACAAAUGAAGAGCAGGGCCUCAGUUCAGUUGCAUCCUCUCAGCAUUGAUUAUUGGCCUUGGAGGCCAUUUGUAAACAGUUGAAGUGGCUGAACUUAAAAGCUUAUUGCUUUGUCUUUCAGGGGUUAGAUUACAAUCUAUUCUUUCAGGGGAACAAACUCAUGAGCAUCACUAGUGCUUAAAAGCCUUGACAUGCUGAUCUAAAUAACCUUUCGAAGUAGAUGCAUGGGUUUAAAUUUGAUGUUGGGAAAUUAAAACACCUACAAAUGUAUAUUUGCAGGGCAAAUGUUAUAUAUGGACAAGGAUUGCUGCUGAAUUAUUGGAACUACUUUACCUACUUUUGUGAUUUCCUCAUUGAUUCUUCAUUGGUCGAGUUCUAUGUAAUAGUGAAUAGUUAAGUACAAUUCAUUUCAAUCCAUAUCUACAUAGUCAUGCCUUUGAGUUCAUUUCUCUCUCAACCGAUGA